UUCCAGUUGUUGCCGAGUGACACACGACACUGUCUCACCCUACAGUCCCACUGGCCUACGUCAGAUUCCGACGAACCGACCACACGCACCUGUUUCCUCCUGCUGUUGCCUUCCUUCUUGAAUAUAAUUUUGUUGGUAGUGCAGGUCUUGUUUUGACAUAGAUCUAGUUUUCUAAUUGACGACCAUGGCACGAUACAUUGCAAGAGAGCAUUUACAAACACUUCAACAGUGUUUGUUCCGAGGUCCGGUGCAGUCUUUCAACCACCCGGUUCUUCGUUAUCAGAACCUUUUGUCGGCACUCUCCACAGGUUCCUGCGUAUACAGUCAGCAACGGCAACAGUCUUGUUGUUUCAGCUCUUCUUCAGUGCUCUCGCCCUGCCCUCGAUAUGGGAGGAACCAAAGAAGAGAGAUAUCUACAUCCUUGAAAGCCUGUAGCAUCAAAGAUAAGAAGCUGUUUACUCCUGGCCCUCUGGGUGUGACUCUCAGUGUCAAAGAAGCCAUGUUAAGAGACGUUGGUUCCAGAGACACAGAGUUCAUUGACACUGUUAAGUUCAUCCGAACAAAACUCUUGGACAUUGCAGGUGUUAAUAAUGGAGAGUUUUCCUGCAUCCCUAUUCAAGGCAGUGGUACAUUUGCCAUAGAUGCCUCAUUUCAAACUUUCCUACCCCGUGAAGGAGCAAAGGCUUUGAUCAUUGAGAACGGCGCUUACGGCAAAAGAAUGGCCAAGAUUUGCGAAUCUGCUGGCAUUUCUUGUGAUGUUCAGAGCUUCAGAGAAGAUCGAAGUGUUGAACCGGAAGUAGUGGAGGAUGCCCUGAGUGGACAGACCAAAUAUGACCUGGUGUCCAUUGUCCACUGCGAAACGAGCUCAGGGGUCUUUAACCCAGUUACAGCUGUCGGGAACCUGGUGCGGGAGAUCUCACCAGAAACGGUGUACAUGGUUGAUGCUAUCAGUGCAUUUGGGGCCAUCCCUCUGGAUAUAGAGGGAAGCAGUGUGGAUGUUAUGGUCAGCUCUGCCAACAAGUGCCUUCAGGGUGUACCAGGUUUUGCCUUUGUCAUAGCCCGCAAUAGUGUCCUAGACAAGUGUAAAGGCAACUCUCGCAGCCUGAGCUUGGACUUGUAUGACCAGGUCAAACAGUUGGAUCAGACCCAUCAAUUCAGAUUCACACCUGCCACACACUCCAUGCUGGCUUUCAGACAAGCACUCCUAGAGUUUGAGCAGGAAGGGGGCGUGACCGGGAGAGCCAAUAGGUACAAGGAAAACAGAGAGAUCCUGAGGAACGGCAUGACUGCGCUGGGCUUCCAGGAACUCCUGGCUGAAAACAUUGCUGGCUACAUCAUCACCUCCUACAUGUACCCUAAGGACCCAAACUUUGAUUUCAAGGAGUUCUACAACAGGCUGAAUGAAAAAAAUUUGGUGAUCUACCCUGGCAAAGUUCUAGAUGCGGAUUGCUUUAGAAUUGGGAGCAUUGGUGAUCUACAUAAAGAGGACAUGACUACGCUGCUUGCAGCCAUAAAGGAAGUGUGUGCAGAUAUGAACAUUUCUGUCCCAGUACAGAACUGACCAAGUCCCGUGACGAUAGUCUAAGCAUGUUCUUAUUUAUAAAAUUGGAUAAGUUUUGUUUGCACUGCGCAAUUUUUUCAACUAUAUAUAACAUCUUGCUUUGUGUGUAUGUGUUCUGUACACCGCACAAUAUUUUGUGCUGAGACUGAAAGAGUCUUCUUAUCUAUGAAUGAAGAAGAUAUUACUUCUUUUUAGUUUAAGGAGCCUGCCUGGUUUUAUGUGACAGGUUCUAUAUAUAAAUAUAUUUAAGCAUUUUUCUCUGCCUUUUCUUUAAUAGAUUGCACUGAUUUUUCUGUUGAUUUGAAUGUAACCCUGUUGUGAGCUGAGCCUCAUUUGCCUAAAUUUCUCAGUAUUGUCUUGUGUGUCAUAUAAUGGGUGGCUGGUUUGCUGGCCCCUGUCGUCUAGUGUAUUCUCCACAUCGACUUCCUCUCUUCUCGCCGCUUAUCAGUAGAGUUAAAAAAUCAGAGAUCAUAAAUCAAACCUCCACUUUGUUUUACAUUGUAACUUUUCAUAUUAUCUUGAAUACCGAUUAUUUUUAUCUUCUGUUGAUUGGAAUAUUUUGCUCAAUUGCUACUUUACGGGGGUCUUGCUUUCUGUGAGGUGUUUUUUUUCAAUGUGUAUCUUCAUGUGUUAAGUGUAUUGUGGUUAAGACGCGGAAGUGUAUUUUCAAUAUUUGAUGUCAAUGAAAUUUGCUCAUCAAAGUUUCAUCCUUGAGUUGUUAUUUGAGUAUAGUUGAUCACAUUUUUACAUGGCAUUAUGUGCCUAAUUCAAUCGACAUUGCCUUAACUUAUGCUUCGCUACUUCUCUAAAAAAUGGAUAUAUAUGUUUACAUGAAGACCGACCUGAUUGGAAUAUUUGCAUAUAAACUGUAUUGACCUAUUUUAUUAAAUUAGUGGUUAAUUUAUGAAAUACAAAAACACGCGUGGGAUACUCUUGACAUACAUGUUGUACUAAACUGAUGGUAAUUUCAUGCAAAAACCAAAACAUGUUUGGGGUCUGAUUCAGAGACUAGCCCAAACCGAGAGCCAGUGGUGAGCUUUGCUACUGACCUACAUACCACGAUCAUUUUGUGCAUGUGAGGAAUUUGCAAUCUGAACUACAAAAUGCUUCUGUUUUAGGCUUUUUGUGGGCAGGAUGUGGGUAUUUGGAUAUUUCCCCUGUUCUGAUUUUUUUUUAUAGUUUGGCUAAGAUUGCAGAAAUUUUCAAAAGUUAUUACAUGGUCUUGAGGUUACUGAAGAUAUAAAUUCAGUCUGGGUGUAGUUUUAUUUUUUAAAUUGUUUGUUCAACUUCAGCUUUAGUGUAAACAUGUUCAGAUUAUUGAAAAUUGUAUGAAUUAUCAGUCAGAAUUUCUCAUCUGUGAUGUUUUGUUUUGCAAUUCAUGUUAUAUCAUGAAGCUUUGUAUUAUACCGUAAGCUUGUUAAUAGCUUGUUGCUUGAUAGACUAUUGGGAUUUCAGCUUAUUUUUUAUUUAUUUUUUUUCCCAAAUUUAUUCUUAUGUCAUAAACUGAUGUAUUGCAUAUUGCCAAA